AUGGCUCAGAAUGGCAUACUCGCCCCGAUCGUUACCCUCGUUGUAAAUGAGUUAUGGGAGCCGAUCAAGAAGCAUAUUGGCUACUGUCUGAAGCCUAAAACCAAUGUCAAGAAUCUAGCCAAAGCUGCUGAUGAAUUGAGGAACUCCAUACAUACCAUCGAGGAGACCAUUCAGUUAGGUGAACGCGAAGGCAAGAGACCGAAGGUACAAGUAACAAAGUGGACAGAGAGUGCUCAGUCUAUUGAAGCUGAAGCUUGCAGCAUCAGCAAUAAGUACCAGGCAAGGACCAUACAUAUCUUUCGCUGCUCCUGGAGUUGUUGGUCUAACUAUAAAAUUAGCAAAUCUGCUGCAAAAGUUAAAGCUGAUAUUGAAGAUAUUAACAAGAGAUCACUUCAAAAGGAUGAUAUAUUAAGUUUGCUCCCACCAGUUGGUUUGGAGUUGCCUUUACCAGCAAACAUCGUAGGCCAAGAACACUACAGAAACAAGGUUUUCGGUUGCAUUGAGGAAGGCCCUACCGACAUCAUUGGCAUAUGUGGCAUGGGAGGGUCAGGAAAAACUACUCUCCUUAAACAAAUCAACAACUAUUAUAGCUCUGAAAGGCCUGUAUUUGAUCAUGUCAUGUUUAUUGAAGUUGGCAAGCAGCUAAACUUGAUGGCAGUUCAGCAGAGCAUUGCAUCUGGACUAGGACUGUUGUUAACAAAUGAUGGAGAUGCAACACACAGAGCUAGAGCUAUUUUCAACUUUUUAAAGGAAAAGAAAUUCCUAUUGCUGAUUGAUGAUCUUUGGGAAAUGCUGGACCUAGUGAAAGUUGGUAUACCACAUGGUUCGAAGAAGUGUUGCCUUCAAAAUAGUCAGACUGUGGUGAUCACAACACGAUCUUUGGAUGUCUGUGGUAGAAUGCAAAUUUUUGAAAACGUUAUACAGUUGAAAUGCUUGAAUUCUGAUCAUUCGUGGCAGCUGUUUAAAGAGGUUGUUGGUGAAAGAAAGACGGAAGAUGCUCGAAUUAGGGGAUGUGCCAAGAAGAUUGCUGCAAAAUGUGGAGGUCUUCCACUAGCAAUUAAGAUAACUGGGCAGGCUAUGGCUUCCAAGGUAGCUUCAGAAGAAUGGGAAUACAGUUUGAUGUUAGUAGAAGAUUCAGUUUUCCAUGAGGUUUCUGGUUCAGAUAACGAACUCUUUUCUAUACUGAAAAUUAGUUAUGAUAGCUUGCAAAGUGAUGUGAUUAGAAUGUGCUUUCUACUAUUUGCGGGGACUACCGCACAACAUCCAGAUGAUGAUUGGGAUUCUAUUGGUUUAAUUCACAUUUGGAUGGGGCAUGGACUGCUAGGUGAGGAUGAUGAUAUUGAAAGAACUUACUUGAUUGGAUAUUCUAUUAUUGAAAUUUUGAAAAGAUCGUUCUUGCUUUAA